AUGACCUGUAUUCACAAAAGAUUUCUGUGUGACGGUAACGUGGACUGCGCAGAUCGCUCAGAUGAGGACGCUAAGAUAUGCUCGAAGAAACCAGAAAAAUUAGCUCCGGGGAAUUUUCGCUAUAGCAUCCAAACCAAACGGUGUCCAGCGACCUGGUUUUUCUGCGGCGACGGCACGAACUGCAUUGAACCACGUUAUGUUUGUGAUCAUUCCAACGAUUGUCGAGACGGAUCGGAUGAAGGCGAGUUCUGCCGCGGAUGGGACAAUAUGAGGCGAAAUGCCCAUGACAAGGUCAUCCACUAG